AUGAAGAUUAUUAUUGUCAAUUGUGGGCAAUCUCAAAUCAUAAUUACAUCAUUAAACUUGUUUACUUUGUUUCAGAUUGUGGAGUUGAGAGUGCACAUGGACUGUCCUGGAUGUGAGCGCAGAGUAACGAAAGCUCUUUCCAAAUUAGACGGAGUGGACAAUGUCGACAUAGACAUGAACAUGCAAAAGGUAACGGUGACUGGACGGACCGAUCAGAAAAAGGUCCUAAAAAAAGUAAGAAGCACCGGUCGUACGGCAGAGCUUUGGCCAUUUCCGUACAACCCCGAGUACCACAGUUACUACAACCCAGACCCUAAUUCCGGCUACACCGCCACUCCUAAUUAUUACACGGCUCAGCCAUCUUCAAGGUACAACUAUUAUAAGCACGGGUACAACGGCCACCAACAUGGCUACUAUCAGCAGCCACCUUCCUCCGCAGUCAUCAACGAACGAGCCUCCACCAUGUUUAGUGACGAUAAUGCCACUGGCUGCUCUAUAAUGUAAUCAAGCAAAGAAAGUAAAUCACUGUGUGUUUGUGUGUGUGUUCACUUUACAUAUAUGUAUGAAUCGAUGCAUGUGUGUUUGAUUUACAUGUUCGAAUUUCCAUCUCUUUCGUGUUUUGAGAAUGUACAACAAAAUUGCUUAGUUUAA